AGCAGUGAGUGACCUUCACUCUUCGUCAGAUCAUCCGAGAGGGAAUUUCAAAAAGUCCACGUAACUGAAUAUAUAAAAGAAAUAGAGGCUGAGAAUCAAAAUAUACCAACUUGAAAACAUGAAGAAAACAUUUCUUUUUGUUCCUUUGAUACUUGUGACAACUCUGGUUUUACUAGAUGUUUCUAAUGGUGUCACAAGACCUCAAACCAUCCGAGUGCUUUGUGGACCCCAUCUAGAUCAUAACACCACAACGUUCUCCCUUAAUUUUAUUGCACUAAUGGAAAACCUAAUGGGUCAAAUGCGCACUCAAGGCUGGGGUUUUGCAAAGAUCGGCGAAGGACCUGAUACCAACUUCGGACUAGCACAAUGCUAUGGGGGCUAUGUUUCAUUACUUGACCGUGUGCUGUGUUACAACGAAGCACAUGCUGUGCUGCCCAAUUGCUACCCUUCUUAUGCUGGCAGAAUUUAUCUUGACAGUUGCUUUGUUCGGAUUGAUAAUUACAGCUUCUUUGGAGAGAAUCUAGGGCCAGAGGACACACAUGUUUGUGGGAAUGGAACCAGGAAGGAUGUGUUGUUCCAAGCUGCGGCUAAGAGGGCUAUGUUGCAGGCAGUUUCAAAUGCCCCUAAGAACGUCAAUGGCUUCGCAGGUGUUGAACUUCCAAUAUCUGGGAGACACAACAGUGAGUUCGCAUAUGUUUUAGCUAAUUGUUGGAAGACUGUGAAUACUAGUGGUUGCAGAAGAUGUUUGGAGAGUGCGUCUAAGUCCAUGUUGAAAUGCUUGCCUUGGUCUGAGGGUCGUGCCUUAUACACUGGCUGCUUCAUGAGAUACUCUGGUACUAACUUUCUUAAUCCUAUUCCAACUAUUCGAGGCUCAUCAAAAGCAAGUGUAGUACUCAUUGUACUGACUACAGUUACUUCCGUGACUCUUUCUAUUCUGGGGCUAGUUAUUGGUUUUUAUAUUUGGAAACAGAAAAGGCUAGAGAAGAAAAGGAAAGGCUUAAAUGAUGCCAAGAAUUUAGUGAAAACCCUUCAUGAUAGUAGUUUGAACUUCAAAUAUUCCACACUUGAGAAGGCUACUGGAUCUUUUGACGAUGCCAAGAAGCUAGGGCAAGGUGGUUAUGGUAUUGUUUACAAGGGAGUUAUGGUAGAUGGGAGAGAGAUUGCUGUCAAGAGGCUAUUCUUUGAUUACAAAUUUCGAGCAGCAGAUUUUUACAAUGAAGUUAAUAUUAUUUGUCAAGUACAGCAUAAAAAUCUAGUCAAAUUGUUAGGUUGUAGCUGUUCUGGUCGUGAAAGCCUUCUGGUAUAUGAAUUCAUGCCAAAUCAAAGUCUUGAUAGAUACAUUUUCGAUCCAAACAAAGGCAAAUGCUUACAUUGGAAGAGGAGGUUAAACAUAAUUAUAGGGAUAACAGAAGGUUUGGUAUACCUCAAUGAAAACUCAAACGCACGUAUUAUUCAUAGAGAUAUCAAGGCUAGUAAUAUUUUGCUGGAUGAUAGGUUCCGUGCUAAAAUUGCUGACUUUGGGUUAGCGAGAUCAUUCCAAGAAGAUAAAAGUCAUAUAAGCACCGCUAUUGCAAGAACAUUGGGAUAUAUGGCUCCAGAGUAUUUUGUCUAUGGAAAACUAACUGAAAAAGUAGAUGUUUACAGCUUUGGAGUAUUAUUGUUGGAAAUUGUAAUGGGAGUGCAGAACAACAAGAGUACAAACACAGAAUGCUGGGCUAGUGUGAUGAGUAUUGCAUGGAGACAUUUUCAAGAGGGAACAGUUGAAGAGCUAUUUGACCUGAACUUAAUGCUUCAUAACUGCCACGAUGAGAAUGUGAAAAUAGAGAUUCUAAGAGUGGUUCAUAUCGGGCUAUUAUGCACCCAAGAGGUGCCAUUUCAUAGGCCGUCCAUGUCUAUGGUGUUACAAAUGCUGUUGAAGAAAGAAGAGUUACCACAUCCUAGUAGUCCUCCUUUUGAUGAGAAAACCUUGGAACUAAACCAUCUCCAAGAAGGAAAUUUUGCUUCAAAUGCCACCAUAUCUCAUAGUUCAUUGCACCCCAGGUGAUACCUGGCAAAGGUGACUAUGAGAAUAGGGAAGAAAUGAUCAUGAUCAUGCAAAAA